AUGGGGAAAGUUGGGAUGAGGGACGGGGAAUCAGGUCGCCGCAUCGUCGAGAUGCGGAAUCGAGAAGUCGGUGCAAUUGCUCCGCGGUCGUUCUCCCGUCGCGCAGCCGCUUCUUUGAUCAUGAAGCACGAUCCAAUCGGAUCCAUCUCAAGCGGUGAUUCGGACUUUGAUGUUGAUUAUUACGAUGAUGAUUUUGAUGAUGUUGAUAAUUCCGCUGGCUUGCUUAAUGUUGAUGUAUGGAGUGAUCAUGAAUUCAGUUAUACCGAAUCUACUGAUGAGAGUAUAGACGACUACGAUGAUGAUGACGACGACGACGACGAUGAUGAUGAUGAUGUUGUUGAUGAUGACCUUAAUGAUGAUGUUAUAAAUGGUUUAUGUGCUACUAGAUGA